CCACGCGGACUGCUACGCUUCGCACAGCUUCGCACGUUGAGUUUAAUUUCUUGUGUAAAGUAACGCCUCGAAUUUAGCUAACCUCUAUUAAUUAAUCAUGAAAUACGAGAAGAAAAUCUGUGUCAUUUGCGGAGCCAAGGACUCGAAAUACAAAUGCCCAACUUGCCGUGUGCCCUACUGUUCGGUCGCCUGCUGCAAAAACCACAAAAACAGCGAUGUAUGCAAACCGCCACAGGAAGAAGCUGAGAUUGCAGCCCCACAGCCUUCAGCACAGAUGACGUCGUAUGAGUAUCCAACUGAUGACACUGUUCCACCAGAAUUGCUGGAACGCUUAGGAGAAUCAGACAAGUUGAAGGCUCUGCUGAGUAACCCCCAUCUCCAUACCAUUUUGACGAACAUCAAUUCUAUAAAUUCGCCUGAAGCUGCAAUGGAAGAAGCCAUGCAAGAGCCCCUGUUUAUGGAAUUUGCCGACGUGUGCAUGAGAAUGGUGGAUCCGUCUGAAGAUGAAAUUCGUCUGCCCCACCAAUCAGAACACAAUCUGACCGAGCCCAAGGACCAUACUGCUAUAUUACAUUCCUUGCUGAGGACAGCCCUUGCGCCAUUUAACACUGAAUAAUAUGUCAAUGAAUAAAACUAACUGUUAAUUACAGAUUAA